AGCCUUAUAAGGAGAAAAAUAGGGGUAACUUGUAAAACUUGAUGUUUUCCUUUUGUCUGGAAGACUCUUAAGGAGCUAUAAAUAGAAAUUAGAGUGAAGAAGCUUUCAAAAGUUUGUGUUUUUUAAAUGGGCUUCAGGUUCUAAAAUAAAGUAUUUCUUAAGAGCUCUACAGAACUUGUGGGGACCAAGCUUGCCUGGAGAAAGCUUCUCCACCAUUUUGUGGAAUAACUGUGUAAGUGGUGGAGUCCUGAGUUUCUUAUUAAGAAAUACUUAAGAAUAAAAUGACUGAAGUAUGUAAUGAAGAGUCCCAAAUUUCAGUGCUAACAAAAUAAGAGCUUUUCUUGUCCAAGUAAUUUCAGGCUAGCAGCCCUGUGCAUAUGUUGAUGAACUAGAGAAGACAGACAAACGGAAAAAAAAAAUCCAAAUUCUCCCCAUAUGGAUCAGCCUUCUAGUGAUGGUGAAACAGGAAGAAGACUACUCUAAGCAAACCCAGGAUGAAUCGGGUGCCAAAUGAUGCAGAAAAUGCUCACAGCAGCAGUGUGGAAUCCUGUCCUUCCUUGCGGGACAUCCAUUCCAUCAACCCAGCACAGCUGAUGGCAAGAAUUGAGUCGUAUGAAGGAAGAGAGAAGAAAGGCAUUUCAGAUGUCAGAAGGACUUUCUGUUUGUUUGUUACAUUUGAUCUCUUAUUCAUAACCUUGCUGUGGAUAAUAGAGUUAAAUGUAAAAGGAGGCAUUGAGACUACUUUAGAGAAAGAAGUCCUGCAAUAUGACUACUCUUCUUCAUAUUUUGAUAUAUUUCUACUGGCAGUCUUUCGAUUUAAGGUGUUAAUACUUGCAUAUGCAAUGUGCAGACUGCGCCAUUGGUGGGCAAUAGCUUUUACAACGGCAGUGACCAGUGCCUUUUUAUUAGCAAAAGUAAUUAUUUCACAGCUAUUUUCACAGGGUGCUUUUGGCUAUGUGCUCCCCAUCAUAUCCUUCAUACUUGCCUGGAUUGAAACCUGGUUUUUGGACUUUAAAGUGUUACCACAAGAAGCAGAAGAAGAAAACAGAUUGUUGAUAGCGCAGGAUGCCUCUGAGCGAGCAGCUCUUCUUCACCCAGGAGUCAUCUCUGAUGGGCAGUUCUAUUCUCCUCCUGAAUCUGUAGCAGGAUCAGAUGAAGAAUCUGAAGAAAAACAGGACAGCGAAAAACCAGUUGUAUAGCAAAUGAGAGAAAGCAG